AUGCGUUUCCAAUACCUGGCUAUUUCUGUCUUCGCUGCGUCGACAGUAACCGCCGCCGCGGUCCCGGUGGACGCAACCGCAGCAACGGAAAAACGAGAUGUGCCCUGCGGUUGCACGCAGGACUACAUCGGUAACACAUGGGGCUGCAGCAGUGUGUUCCCUGGUCAGAAUCACUGUCAGCAAGUGGGCGUUGCUGGCGAUUACCCGUUUUCUGUUGAUAACCACCUCGCAGAGAUGUUUGUAGUUCAACUCGGGGGGUCUCACCUCAGCAAAGUGUUGCACCGCGUGCAGUGA